AUCCGCAUUAGGUGCAAACUUGCAUACCUGAGAAGUUCUCUAUAGGAAUUUCACGAGUGUGUAAUGUCUACCAACUCGCACUAGGUGCGUGGUGGACUAAGGCCUAAUCUCUCUCUGUAUUAGAGGCCCAGCAGUGAGAUAAAAAUAGUACAGGGCUGAUAUUAUUAUUAUAUUAUACAAGCGACAAUAUUCUGAGUCAGUAAGUCAGUCUGUGUUGACGCGCGCGCUCGUUAUGUAUACCAGUGAGGUCAGAGAGCAGCUGGACGAGUCGACUCACGAUGGAGGCAGCUCUCACAUCGACGAGAGCACGCCUGGGUAUUCGUGGGCAGUGGCAUCCGUGCUGGUGUUAGUGGUGCUGGCAGUGUUGUGGAGACUUUGUGACUUCUUUUGUAAUCGCUUCAUGAGAUUCCCAUUGAAACUCUCCGUAACUAACCGAAGAUAUCCAGUAUCAAGGAUAUUCCCUGACUUAACUAUGGAUCGGGAACACGUUCUUCAAGCCAGAAGCCACAGGUACAGCCACAUAAUUUCUACCGCCGCCACGCCCGCUCCGCGCACUGACACCGCUCGCCCCUGAAACAAAUUCAUCAGAGCAAACGACUGACGGACCAACUUUCACAUAUACUGAUCUAGAUAAACUGAUCAAUUAAAUUAUGAAAUAAUCACUUUGUAUCUCUUUUUAAUUUCAUUUCGCGCACGGAAGCAUAUGAUUUGGCAUAAUAAAGGUUCAUAUACUUA